CAACGCUAUAAUCCUAGUGCCUUCAUUGUCAAUAGAAACGUACAAUUAGGCCUCUUAAAUGAUAACAAUUUUUUUCGCGUAUAUACCCCCGAAAUUCGUAAAGACCGCAGGAAAAAUUCCCACUCGAGAAAACAAACAACAUUAUGUCAUACUUCUCCGGUUCACCAUGAAACCGAUAACGUUGGCGACGUCCCAGAAGCCGACGACGACAUCAACGCCAAGGCAGUCCUCAGACAACAGUUGUCAUUACCGGACGUCCCAGAAGCCGACGACGACAUCAACGCCAAGGCAGUCCUCAGACAACAGUUGUCAUUACCGGACGUCCCAGAAGCCGACGACGACAUCAACGCCAAGGCAGUCCUCAGACAACAGUUGUCAUUACCGGACGUCCCAGAAGCCGACGACGACAUCAACGCCAAGGCAGUCCUCAGACAACAGUUGUCAUUACCAGACGUCCACUACAAAACCGACAACGUUGGUGACGUCCCAGAAGCCGACGACGACAUCAACGCCAAGGCAGUCCUCAGACAACAAUUGUCAUUACCCAACAAUUCUGAGUCAAUCAAAGAUGUCCACCAUCAGCCACAGACUCCAUAAUUAUUUUUCAAAGAGAAAUAGUUGAUAGGGAUCCAAAAGAUUCUAUGUAUGGUGAUAGAUUUGAAAUUGACGAAAUGUUUGGUCUUAUG